ACAACCGUCCCUACUUCUCCCUCCUUUUUCCUAACUGAAACCGUUUUCUCGUAUUCUUUUUAAUUUUUUUAUUUAUUUUAAUUAAAACCUUUUCGGGUAACACGAAAUCGUUGUUUCUAUUUACUUUUUAACUCAGCUUUCGCUCUCUGCUUCAAAAUCACGAAACUGCCAUCUCCGGUGACCGGAAUCUGAAUCCUCUUCGUAACCGGGUUUCUAUUUACAGGUGAAAGGAAGAUUGAAGGAGGAAUUUGGGAAUAAGGGUCAUUGAAUGGACUCUAGUACUAGCAUUGUUUCUGUGCGGUUACAUGAACAGUGAAACACUUAAACGUGUCUUCAGUGAGCGAGACACGAACCUGCCAAUCCAUACAUCUGUCAUGGAUCUGUGUUCAGAACCAUUUGUUUCUUUCAGGAAACAAUGUCUCUGAAUCAUGUUAGGUUUUCACAAUAGUUUUAUGGGGAUGGACAAUGAUCGUCCCUGCACGUGGACCUCUUGUCUUUACCUAUCUCCCGAACAACAACACCACCAUUGAGUUCAAACUUUAGUUAAAGUGAGGUUAUGGCAUCACUUUCAUUGAAUUCCCUUUCAUGAAAAGGAGUUGAGAGAGAAGAAGUUAUAGGACAGAGUGGGUUUAUGUGGAGUGAACCCAUUGCCAGCCCACCCGACCAUGGCAUUCUCGUGAGAGAGACAAAAGGGGGAAAAUUAAAGCCUCUCUUCCUUCUCUUAGCCUACGCACUUCCGCCCUCUUAUCCUGCGCCUUCUAUUAUUCAUUCCAUGGAUUCCACUUCCCAGUAUCCCCAAUUUCCGAGGGACCCCCUUCCCCGCCAAUUAAACCUUUUUUUUCUUCAGUUAACCGUAAACUAACAACGUUUUCAUGAUAAAACGUUAAAUGUACGUUGAGACAGUUUCCGCGAGUUUCUCUCACCCGUUACACCAAAUGUUGUUUCCCCUCUCCAUAUUCUUCUUGCUCUGUCAUGAUCUUGUUGGAUUCUGGCCUUUUUGUGUGAAUAAAACAUACCCACUUGCGUUUAUUGCCCGUGAUUCUCAAAUUCCUUGCCCAGCAGAUCUGAGUCUCUGUAAAGAUGUGCGCUUUUCUUAUUCUCCCUUUUCCUUUUCUGAUUGGGGAUUUAUUGCAGGGAAAAGGAUCUUCUUUCUGGAUAACCUGUGUAUUUCACUUAUUCCGUCGAGUGCACACAUGAUUGCCAAAGAGCCAAAGCUGCUAAGUUUGGUUUAGCUUUAUGGAAAUUUCCAUCAAUGUGGUCUAAUUGGGAUAGAGUGGAUGGAUGUAUGCGAGUCAGAGCAGGCAUUAAGGAAACACAGAACAGGAACGAGACAACCCUUGGGUCUUGCUGAAAAAAACAAUGCAAUCACCUCCAGACGCUUGGCAACAAGGGAAAUUACUUCACGGUACAGGUCACCUUCUCCUACUCGGGCAACCCCAUCUGGUUCUCGGCGAUGUCCCUCUCCAAGCCUCACAAGGCCGACAACACAGGCAUCAUCCAAAUUGUUACCCAAAAGAGCUCAGUCUACAGAGAGGAAGAGGCCAGCGACUCCACCUUCCCCACCACGUCCUUCUACACCUGUCCAAGACUCAUCGAUAGAUGUGAAUUUAUCAUCGAGAAGGGCGGCUGGUAGCAGAAUGCCAGAGGUCCUUUGGCCAUCCACAAUGCGAAGUUUGAGUGUUUCUUUCCAGUCCGACACUAUUUCCAUACCUGUUAUCAAGAAGGAGAAGCCCGUGACCAGUGCCGUUGAUCGUACACUGCGGCCCAAUUCAAACGUGACUCACAAGCAGGUUCAAACACCAAUUGUAAGAAAGCCCACGCCAGAGAGGAAGAGGAGUCCUCUCAAAGGGAAUAAUGCUUCGAAUCAGACAGAGAAUUCGAAACCUGAUGAUGGCUUGCAUUCACGGUGGAUAGAUCAGCACCGGUGGCCAGGCAGAAUCAGUGGGAAGGUAUGUUCUAGUGCAUCAAGUAGAGGUAUUGAUCAUACUGAUAAGACAACCAGAACGUUGAACUCUUCAGUUCCAGGAACUAGUGUGUCUUCUCUGAGAAGAUUGUCUUUACCAGGUGAUGCUAGUAAGCCCUUGCGGAAAGCUUCUAGUGAUGCUUCAAGACUAAUGUUGCUAGUUGAAAGUGGUAGAAUAGGAGGCGAGGUGAGACCAAUUGAUGACAAUGUUCAUGUGUUAAGACCUCAUAAAUUUGUUCCUGCAAUUACAUUGGAUAAAACGGGAUUAGCAGUUACUGGAGUCAGAUCACAGUUCCUGCCUAAUCCAGGAUCAGGGCACCCAUCACCAAGUAAGACUUCAGUGUUAUCCUCUUCUAGUUCAAGAGGUGUUGUUAGUCCUUCUCGGUCAAGGCCUUCGACUCCUCCUAGAGGGGUUAGUCCUUCUAGAAUAAGGCCAACCAAUUCAUCCAACCAAUCCAACAAUUCAAUUUCAGUACUCAGCUUUAUUGCUGAUUUUAAAAAGGGGAAAAAGGGUGCAGCCCUCGUAGAAGAGGCUCACCAGUUGAGACUUCUCUACAACAGGUACUUGCAAUGGAGAUUUAUUAAUGCGCAAGCAGAGGAUGUAUUUUACAUCCAAAAUGCAAAAGCGGAGAAAUCACUGUACAACGUAUGGCACACUACUCUGUCUAUAUGGGAAACAAUUAUUAGGAAGAGGAUCAACCUCCAGCAGCUGCAGCUUGAGCUGAAACUGAAUUCUAUUUUGAAUGAUCAACAGAUGGCCUACCUUGAUGACUGGGCUGUACUUGAAAGUGGUCAUAUUAAUGCUUUAUCCGGAACUGUAGAAGACUUGGAGGCAAGUACUCUUCGUCUUCCUCUAACUGGAGGGGCAAAGGCAGAUAUUGAACAUUUGAAGCUUGCAAUCUGUUCGGCUGUUGAUGCCAUGCAAGCAAUGGGAUCUGCUAUUUGCCCUUUGCUCUCAAGGGUGGACGGCAUGAAUAAUUUAAUUGCUGAAGUUGCUGUUGUAUCAGCACAGGAAAAAGCGAUGCUUGAUGAAUGUGAAGCGCUACUGAAUUUUGCAACCGCUAUGCAGGUUGAGGAAUAUAGCCUUCGGACGCAUCUCAUGCAGAUCAAGCAAGGUUUUAUGGUGCAUAAGUAAACAAUCUGGGAAAUUCAAACACGCCAGCCUCUGCCUGCUUCUAUGCUAACUAGAACUCUCUUGCAGCUGCAGCCAAAUGCUAGGAAACUAUAAUUCUGAGACGUUACAAGAAUGUUUUAAAGAUUCUUGGGAAUGUUCGGCUGAAACAUAAGGAAUCAACACCCAGGAUUCUUUACCAUUGUAAAUUUUUGUAUUAGGCUUCUCCCCCUCUCCCGGCAAUUUAUAUUCUUCCAUCGUCUUCAUUUUUGUCUUUCUUGUAACACUGGUGGCCCAGUCUCGUAUCAAGCAGAUGAAAAGAAAAUACAAAUGGAAGGAGCACAACAUUCUUUCCAGAUUAAAUUUUACUGCAUCCCAAUGGACCAAGAAUCAGACAUUACAAAAACUCAUUAGUUAACCAGACAAAUGUUCUUCCA